UUCCAGUCUUCCAGAUUUGAAUCUCAUAUAUGUACUGGUUCUAGUCAUUGGAGGUUUUUUUCAUACCUACCAAUCAUUUUCUUUCUCUCUUCUGCUGUGUCUCCCUUUGCAGCCAUCAAUGCAGCAGUGGUAGCUGGUGCGGUGGCAGGCACACUAAUUGGCCUCUGUCUGAUCGUCUUGUUUCCACUCCAGAUGUUGGCUUACAGAAGGAGGAAGAAAGAGGCCCAAGAGGAAAUGGCCAAUGAGAUCAAGGAAGACGCCGUCGCUCCAAAAACGCUUUCCUGGGCCAAGAGUCCCGGUUCUGACGCAGUUUCCAAAAACGGCACCUUGUCGUCCAUGAACACCACCCGGGAUCACAAAUUCUACGCAUCCAAGCCUUCCUCAGACACCGCCUCCAUCACGACCGCCACGGGCAGCACGGUGGGCUUUAAGCCCCCUUUCAACAACCCCAGGAGCGGGACCCUCACGCCAACGCCCAGCCUUUCCAGCCAGUCCUUGCCCCUGUACUUCCCGCCAAUGGCCAACGGGGUCCAUUGCCACCAUGCCAACAUGCCGUCCCAUCGGAACACUCUCCAGAGGACAAACAGGGCUCAGCCCCAGGCUCCCCGACAGCAGGAGUCCGCUGCUCCCCAGGGACUGACCUCCUCUACGCUAAACCGAAUGGGAGCGGUGCCCGUCAUGGUGCCUGCCCAGAGCCAAGCCGGAUCCUUGGUGUGAAUUGGCGGCGACUCCCGUCGUUGUCUCUGUGUGGCAAGUGGCUCCACCAAAUCCCGAGCAAAGCCGGGAGAGUGGAGCUGCUUGCUGUGCGCUGCCUGCCUGCCUGUUUGCCUACCUGCUGCCUUCAGAGUGCCCACGGGAAGGUUUUUGUGCGUGCAUCCCACAAAGGAACCAUUUCACGUUGUUGCCAUCAGUGGGACAGAACUGAAUCUUGAGAGGUGGGCACUCUGUAAUUCAAUCAGUUUCUUUAAGAGCUUGCAACUCUUCUUGGUGCACAAAUCCCAUCUGGACCUUCGCAGAGAUUAUUUAAGAGUAGAGACCGUUUCGUGAAAGAAACGCAAAUGGAUCUUUCUUUCUUUUUUUAAAAGAGUAUUCUUCGUUCCCUUCCUUUACAUUGUGUCUUGUAGUAGAAGACUCCAGGCUGGGAUUGCGUAUCUUGGCUUCGAAGAGAGCGCCAGGGUGGGGUGGGGUUUAAAUCCAAAGCAUGCUGACCGAGAUAAACUAUUGCCAUCAUUUUUCCUGGACCCAAAGAACAGAAGAAUUGUAGAUGUUUCAGGGAUAGAAGACAAAGUGUGACUGCAGUUUGGGUCAGGGUCAGAGCCUUGUGACUUCCGUGAGCCAGUGAAGUGCAGAAAAGAUGCAGAAUCUUGGCUCUUGGUUUUAAGAGAAAAAAGAGUCUCAACUGAAAGUUGUGAAAAUUUUCAUGUUGGGAGUUGUCUGUUCAGGGCCAUGUAUAGAUCCAUCUCUCUUUCUGCCAGCCCUCAAUUCUCUCUUCCAUCCCCCCACCAAUUUUUCCUUUCUUUCUCUCUCUCUCUCUUUUCAUUUGUUGGCUCUUUCCACAAAGAUGGGUGAAAACUGGCAGAAGCAAAAUGGAUUUGGCAUGGAAAAGAAAAAUAUGCAUAUUAGCUUAACUUGCAUAAGUCACUCACCUUAUUCUUCCUGCAAAACUGGGAUUAUUGUGACACAGAAUAAAUGCGUCCUUGGACAAGACCUUCUGCAGAAUAGCUUCUGUUGAACUUACUGCUUGGGAGAAGAAGCUAGAUAGCACGUAGGGACAAAGCAAUCUCACAAACCCAAAGCAAGAUAAAGGUGCUGAAUUUCUUCCUAUGUGGUGCUGGGAAACAAGUUUCCAAUGGCAACCACC